ACGCCUUCGAGUCCGAGUUACAAUAAAUAAUUUCAACGUUCUCGCAAUCGCCUUCAUCUUCUUCGAGGACGAGCGUCGAAUGUACGCCUCCGAAAUCGGAGAUUUCGUCCGCUCGCAGCCGGUUCCUCCAGUGGUCGCGUUUACGUUUCAUCGCCUCUCGUAACUCCCGUUCGUUCCCCGUUAUCCCCGUUGUUCUCGAGCCGAUCGAAUCGACACCGGUCACGGGCCAUUCCGAUUUGUCCGAUCCGAUUAGCUCCUCCCGGGGUCGCGGUUAUCGCGGCCCGAUAAUUGGCAAUCGAUCGACGACGCCGCCGAAUAAAACCCGGGAGCGGUAGCGAGGAGUCGUCUCUUCGGGGUCGUCAGUGGGUCGCUCGUGUCAGGUCGAAAGUCUCCAUCGAGCUGGAAGGAUGAAGGUACUGCUGACGAUCGGUUUGGUCCUGGCCUGCGGGUUCCUGGUCCUGGGCCGGGUGUACCACCGGUGCGACUGUCUCCCCACCUCCAGACCCGUCUGCGGGAGCAACGGGGUCACUUACCCAAACCUCUGCGAACUCCUGUGCCACCAAGACGACGAUGCUGACUUCGGCCGAGUUCACAUCCUCAACUUUGGGUCAUGCGGGGAGGCCCGUAGUUGGAAAGUUUCGGGUGGGUUGAAACUCGGACACGGUCACCAUCACGGGGCCAGGAGAGAGCAGCAACAGGAGCAGGAGGAGGAGGACUAGAUCGAUCGACGUUUCCGAGAGCAAGGGAUGCCGCCAAGGCAUCCAAGGGAUUUCCUUUUCUUCUUCCUCCUCUUCUUCGAAAAGCGCACCCUUGGGAAAUCUUUAUCAUCGAGAACGUCUCGAAUCGAUGUAGAGUAUCGUGAGAAAUAAAUUGGGUAUUAUCGCGCGGCGA